UUUACCGCAUCCCAGAAUUUUAUUUUAUUUGACAUUCAAGGAUUAUAAAUACAGCUCAGUCCUUUAUUUGAACUUUAUCUUUGAACUGAUUAACUUUGAAGGAGCGCAAGGAUUUUGCAAAAUAAAAUAAUCAAUAAAUUAUCCUUCGGUGACGUUUAAAUCGCUGUUCAAACAUUGUGCUUUCCAUUUUCAUCGUGUAUUAAGGCCUGUGUUGUCCGCUAUGGAAAAUUUGAACUACCAAAAAGCCUAAACUAAUGUACCGUGAUAGGUUUUCGUCACUGUCGUCAUCGUGCUGUACUUGUCUAGUAGGUUCAUCGUUAGUUGAAGAAAGACGAAGCUCUGUGAACGUGUUUCAUAUUUGUUAUCAGUACACGUUAAUUGUGCCUCUGUCUGGAUAACGGGUUAACGAAGACCGCCUUCGUCUUGCUGCUCUGAUAAGGAAGAGAAGGAUACACAUUUCACCAUUGUAUUGUCGAGUGAAAAGCGAUUUUUCAUGAAAAACGAAGGAAAAGCUGCGCCGGCCCCGAUGGAUCCGAAUGUGCCGAAGAAAAUCACCAGUGCCAUCCCGAAGCAAAGACAAAAGCUUCUCAAAUGGAACGGCUGGGGAUACAAAGAUUCGCGUUUCAUGUAUCAGGAUGGUACGAUUGUAUUCAGCGGAGAUAAAUAUCCGAUUGGUGGUAAUGUAUCGCUGCCUCAUUUCCGUGACUAUGUGAUAAAUAACUUCAACGUAGACUUAGCGGACAGACGUGAAGGUGUUCCGAUACCGGUUAAGUUUCCCGAUCCCGUACCAUCUCCGGAAUUCUUGAAUGAAAUACAGCGCCUCGGAGUAGACUACACGCAAGACGGCGAGGAUAGGUUAAUCCGCUGUCACGGCCAGACACUUCACGAUAUCCACAAUUUGCGCACCGGGAACUUUAAGCGACUUCCGGAUUUGGUAUUGUUUCCGACUGGACACGAGCAAGUGGUCGAAAUUGUAGUAGCAGCUAACCAGCACAAUGUAGUUUUGAUACCUUUCGGUGGUGGGACGUCCGUUUCGGGCUCGAUAACGUGUCCGGAACACGAGAAACGGCCGAUAGCAGCACUCGAUACUUCGCAAAUGAACCGUAUGCUUUGGAUCGACCGACAAAACCUGGUGGCUUGCUUCGAGGCUGGCAUCGUCGGCCAAGAUUUGGAGCGUGAGAUGCGAACUCUGGGAUUCACCGUUGGCCACGAACCAGACAGUUAUGAAUUUUCAACUCUUGGUGGCUGGGUGGCAACGCGUGCAUCUGGAAUGAAGAAGAAUGUGUACGGAAACAUCGAGGAUUUGGUGGUUCGAGUGAAGAUGGUGACUGGCCGUGGUGGUGUACUGGAGCGAGGCCUCUCGGUGCCACGCGUAUCCUGCGGGCCUGAUUUCAACCAUGUCGUCCUCGGUUCCGAGGGUACUCUCGGGGUUAUAACGGAGAUCGUCAUAAAAAUACGCCCUUUGCCACAAGUCAAACGAUAUGGUUCACUCGUCUUUCCCGACUUUGGCUCCGGUAUACGGUGUUUGCGGGAAGUUGCCAAAGAACGAUUGCAGCCGGCCAGCAUACGGUUAAUCGACAACGAGCAGUUCCUGUUCGGCCAAGCUCUCAAAAUUCCUGGCGGCACCCUGGCGAGUGUUGGUGAGCUACUUAAGAAAGCGUACAUCACGAAGGUGAAGCGUAUGAAGUUGGACAAAAUCGCGAUCGCAACCUUGCUCUUCGAAGGCCACGAGGAGCAAGUGCGUCAAAAUGAGGAUAAAAUAUAUGCCGUCGCCAAACGGCACGGUGGUUUCUCGGCCGGUAGCAGUAACGGCGAAAAGGGUUACAUUCUAACCUUCGUUAUCGCUUACAUCAGGGACUUGGCGCUCGAGUACAGCAUUGUGGCGGAAUCAUUCGAAACAUCCGUACCCUGGGAUCGCUGCGAAUCGUUGUGCAUUAACGUCAAAAGCUGUGUUCGUAAGGAAUGUGCCAAACACAAUAUCCAACACUACCUCAUCUCAUGCCGGGUAACACAAACAUACGAUACAGGUGCUUGUGUUUACUUCUACUUCGGAUUUAAUCAUAUCGGCUUCGCAAAUCCUGUAACAAUCUACGAAGAGAUCGAAAACAAGGCUCGCAAUGAAAUACUCGCCUCUGGUGGCUCUAUUUCGCAUCACCACGGAAUUGGGAAGAUUCGGUCACGAUGGUAUCAACAGAGCGUAUCAAACGUUGGAGUACAAUUAUACAAAGCUACCAAGCGAGAACUAGACCCAAACAAUAUCUUCGCCGUUGGAAACCUCAUUCCAGUCGAACCGCAAGAUGGCGAACUUGUCGCUCCUGGCUCUGUUAAGGCGAAAUUAUAGACAUGGUUUAAAAUACCCGAAAUUUAUUUUGCUCGUGAUUAUUGUACUUCACAGCUUUUUCAUUGCAUGAAAUCCUACUUAAAGCGAACUAUUAACACAGUUCAUAAAGACUAAUUCACACAAAAUUGAUAGGCAUGGCCAUUGGACGAAAUUAAUGUCACAUUCUGAAACAUUCCAGCUUUUACGGCCAAUCCGGUAUAAUAACUUAUUUAAGAACCUACCAUCGCUUUACGUUUAUUACUCAACGUCAUUUGAUUAUUAUUUCCAAUUUAGCAUGUGUGUAAUUGAUUUUUAAACUCGAGCAUACGCCAAUUCCGGAUGACCUAUAAUGACUAUACAACCAACAUCUAUACCAAUAUUUCAAGCGAUUUUUAUAGAAAAUAUUUUAUUAGAUUUUUGUGUUAGAAAAAGAUUUGCUAUUUGAAAGAAAAAAUGUUUAAUAAAAAGAAGGAAAAGAUUUGCCUGCA